UGACCCGGACGGGCGGAAGCGGAAGUGCCUGCCUGCCAGCGCUAGGCGGGUGUCUCCUCGGCGCUGGCCGGCCGCCGCCCGCACCCGUCAUGGACUGCUACACCGCGAACUGGAACCCGCUCGGGGACUCUGCCUUUUACCGGAAAUAUGAGCUGUAUAGCAUGGACUGGGACCUGAAGGAGGAACUAAGGGACUGCCUGGUGGCCGCUGCACCCUAUGGGGGCCCCAUUGCGCUGCUGAGGAACCCCUGGCGGAAGGAGAAGCCUGCCAGCACACGGCCGGUUCUCGAGAUCUACUCGGCUUCUGGUAUGCCUCUGGCCAGUCUGCUGUGGAAGAGUGGGCCCGUGGUGUCCCUGGGCUGGUCGGCUGAGGAGGAGCUGCUCUGCGUGCAGGAGGACGGGGUCGUGCUGGUUUAUGGGCUUCACGGUGACUUCCGGAGACACUUCAGCAUGGGCAAUGAGGUGCUCCAGAACCGGGUUCUAGAUGCCCGGAUCUUCCAUACUGAGUUUGGUUCUGGGGUGGCCAUCCUCACAGGGGCCCACCGCUUCACUCUCAGUGCCAACGUGGGCGACCUCAAACUCCGCCGGAUGCCAGAGGUGCCAGGUCUGCAGAGUGCACCCUCGUGCUGGACCACAGUGUGCCAGGACCGAGUGGCACACAUUCUUCUGGCUGUAGGACCUGAUCUUUACCUCCUGGACCACGCAGCCUGCUCCGCAGUGACCCCCCCUGGCCUGGCCCCAGGAGUGAGCAGCUUCCUGCAGAUGGCUGUCUCCUUCACCUACAGACACCUGGCGCUCUUCACAGACACGGGCUACAUCUGGAUGGGAACAGCAUCUCUCAAGGAGAAGCUGUGUGAGUUCAACUGCAACAUCCGGGCUCCCCCGAAGCAGAUGGUCUGGUGCAGCCGUCCUCGCAGCAAGGAGAGGGCCGUCGUGGUGGCUUGGGAGAGGCGACUGAUGGUGGUGGGUGACGCACCUGAGAGCAUCCAGUUCGUGCUGGAUGAGGACUCCUACCUGGUGCCUGAGCUGGAUGGGGUCCGCAUCUUCUCCCGCAGUACCCAUGAGUUCCUGCACGAGGUUCCAGUGGCCAGCGAGGAGAUCUUUAAAAUUGCCUCAAUGGCCCCUGGAGCGCUGCUGUUGGAGGCCCAGAAGGAAUAUGAGAAAGAGAGCCAGAAGGCGGAUGAGUACCUGCGGGAGAUCCAGGAGCUGGGGCAGCUGCCCCAGGCUGUGCAGCAGUGCAUCGAAGCCGCGGGACAUGAGCACUGGCCAGACAUGCAGAAGAGUCUGCUCAGGGCGGCCUCCUUCGGAAAGUGUUUCCUGGACAGAUUUCCACCCGACAGCUUCGUGCGCACGUGUCAGGACCUUCGUGUACUCAAUGCUGUUCGUGACUAUCACAUCGGGAUCCCCCUCACCUAUAGCCAAUACAAGCAGCUCACCAUCCAGGUGCUGCUGGACAGGCUUGUGUUGCGGAGGCUUUACCCCCUGGCCAUUCAGAUAUGUGAGUACCUGCGGCUUCCUGAAGUGCAGGGCGUCAGCAGAAUCCUGGCCCACUGGGCCUGCUACAAGGUACAACAGAAGGACGUUUCUGAUGAGGAUGUUGCUCGAGCCAUUAACCAGAAGCUGGGGGACACGCCUGGCGUCUCUUACUCUGACAUUGCUGCACGAGCCUAUGGCUGUGGCCGCACGGAGCUGGCCAUCAAGCUGCUGGAGUAUGAGCCACGCUCUGGGGAGCAGGUUCCCCUUCUCCUAAAGAUGAAGAGGAGCAAACUGGCACUAAGCAAGGCCAUCGAGAGUGGGGAUACUGACCUGGUGUUCACAGUGCUGCUGCACCUGAAGAAUGAGCUGAAUCGAGGAGAUUUUUUCAUGACGCUUCGGAACCAGCCCACGGCCUUAAGUUUGUAUCGACAGUUCUGUAAGCAUCAGGAGCUGGAGACGCUGAAGGACCUUUACAAUCAGGAUGACAACCACCAGGAGCUGGGCGGCUUCCACAUCCGAGCCAGCUACGCGGCAGAGGAGCGUAUCGAGGGGCGAGUUGCGGCUCUGCAGACAGCAGCUGACGCCUUCUACAAGGCCAAGAAUGAGUUUGCAGCCAAGGCCACAGAGGAUCAAAUGCGGCUCCUACGGCUGCAGCGACGCCUAGAAGACGAGCUGGGGGGCCAGUUCUUAGACCUGUCCCUACAUGACACGGUCACCACCCUCAUCCUCGGCGGCCAGAACAAGCGCGCGGAGCAGCUGGCGCGUGACUUUCGCAUCCCUGACAAGAGGCUCUGGUGGCUGAAGCUGACUGCCCUGGCAGAUCUGGAAGACUGGGAGGAGCUAGAGAAGUUUUCUAAGAGCAAGAAAUCACCCAUCGGCUACCUGCCCUUUGUGGAAAUCUGCAUGAAGCAACACAACAAAUACGAGGCCAAGAAGUACGCUUCCCGCGUGGGUCCUGAGCAGAAGGUCAAGGCCUUGCUUCUCGUUGGGGACGUGGCUCAGGCCGCAGAUGUUGCCAUCGAGCACCGCAGUGAGGCAGAGAUGAGCCUUGUAUUGUCCCACUGCACCGGAGCCACAGACGGGGCCACAGCUGACAAGAUUCAGCGGGCCCGGGCACAAGCCCAGAAGAAGUAAGGGGCCUACCUGCUCAUCUCCCCAAGCAGAAGUGGGCCUGGCAGAAGUGUCACUGCUCAUCUAGCUCUUCCCCCAGAGCAAAGCCUGAAAAGCUGGGGUGGGAGCCAGGGUUCUGGUUGUAAAUAAAGUUGAAACAUUUU